GGUGCAAGUAACCAAACUGUCCAUAGCAACGUUUCCGUUGGAGCUAGAGACCACAGUGUAAUAAUGAAAACAUCGUUUGGAUUAAUCGCUAGCCUUUCGUUUUUUGGCAACUUGCUUCUUUGUCUGGUCAUUUUUAUGAAGCGCUCAAUGUUGAAAAAGCCGUACAAUAUUCUUAUUUGCAACCUGGCCCUUACAGAUAUGCUCACAGGGAUCUUCCUUGUUGUUACACCAGACUACCUGAUCGACAGGAAAAACUUUCCCUACCCGACUGGACUCGGAGGAGAGAUUUACUGCCGUUUGAUUGGUUCAACCUACAUUCUGUUUAUCUUUGGUAAAGCUUCAACUUCCACGAUUAUGUGCCUGGCUAUAGAUCGUUGGUACUCCAUAGUGAAGCCCAUACGCUACAAAACAGCAUUCAGCAAGCGACGUUUGUACCUGUACAUAACUUUAAUCUGGGCCUCUGCCGCUAUAACUCAGAUCAAUGAACUCUUUAUCACCACAACGGAAGAUGGCGUUUGCACAUUCGUUACUCCAUUCUACGGAGAAAGGACGGAACGGAUCCUAAUUCUUCUUCACGUGAUCAUCACGUUCUACAUACCGAGCAUAGUCACUUGGAUAACCUUUGGAGACAUUUGGUCGCACAUGCGCCAACCCAACAUUCGCCGCCAUUUGAAUUCUCACAACAAGGCCACCAAGCGGUUACUGCGCAUGUGUGCACUAGCAGCCUUCUUUUUAACAUUAUGUUGGCUUCCGGCAGAAACAUUUUUCAUUCUAUACAAGUUUGAAAUUUUGAAACUUCCCUUUGAAUUCUACUUAUUUACCAAUAUUUUAGCCAUGUCUAACUCCUGCUUAAAUCCAUGGAUUUAUUGCCUCAGUAACAGAGAAUACAGAAAAGAGUUCAUCCGACUUCUAUGUUGUUUUAAAGUAACCAUGGAAAUCACCAACCUCGGUAUGUACUUUGGUUGGGUUCGAAAAAACAGAUCACGAUACUCUCUUUCAGUUGAUCUUGAGCAAUCAAGUUCAAACGGUAAUUUACCUGCCGGCCCUUGUGUUAUCAGGCUUCGUAAGAUGCAGCAAGAGUCCAGUUUGUCAGCCAUGACGUCUUUCAGCAACAUGGCCUGUUCCGAUGCUAAUUCGUCAGAAUUUACACCGCAUGGUUCGGUCAUCCUGCAGGUCAACAACACCAUACAAAAGAAAAUUCAAAGAAUUCGUUUAUUGCGUAAACGAAAACUAAGAAUGUUCAACAAGACUUUGAGUUCUGGAGUUACUAACGAAACUGAGAUUGACUCCAUUUUCAACGAAAAUGGCGAAAUUUUCGAUAAUAGAAUGAUUGCGAAGGUUUCUUAUGGAAUAAUUGGGAUUCUCGCCUUCACCAGUAACUUGGUGUUUUUUGUCGCAAUGAAUCGGAAAAAGAAGACGCUAAAAACCGGUUAUGAUAUAUUGAUAACCAGCCUAGCAAUCGCUGACAUGCUCACGGGUCUAUUUAUAAUAGUCACACCCAACUACGUCAUAGGCAUGUCUUUGUAUUCAGUACCAGGCGGCAUAGCUGGUGAGAUAUUUUGUCGAAUGAUAUUUUCUAAAUUCUUCAUUUUCACCUUUGGAAAAGGAUCGGUGCUGACUAUCACGUGUCUGGCUGUCGAGAGAUGGUUCGUUUUAUUAAAACCAUUACACUAUCAAAAGAUCUUUUCUCACCGGAAACUCAUCAAAUACAUUGGUUGUAUCUGGUUCAGCUGCGCUUGCCUUCAGAGUUAUAAGCUGUUCUACGUAAAAUACUUCCAACAUUCAUGUUUUUUCAUUCCUUUACCUCUCGCCAAGAGUCAGGAGACUGCUGUGGUAAUAAUUUACGUGUCUCUCACGUUCUUCCUUCCAACUUUCAUCACAUGGGCUGCCUUUCUUCAUAUAUUUGUUGAAAUAAAGAAGUCUAACGCUCUCAAAGAGAAUCGAGGAAAAAUAAACAAACGUCGGUUGCUUAGGAUGUGUGCAAUUAUGUCUCUAAUGUUGACAGUAUGUUGGUUUCCAACAGAAGUUUGCUAUUUGAUAAACCAGUACGGAUUUCCUAUUCUAAACUUCGGCACUCCAUUUCGUGAGUUUACAGUAGCGCUUGCUCUGGCAAAUUCUUUUGUGAACCCUUGGAUUUACGUUGUGUCCAACAGAAAAUACAGACGAGCAAUAAUGACAUUCUUAGCUUUAUGUCACCAAGAUAACAGUAUGUAA